AUGGAAGGUGAAUGCAAGGUACUGCUGGAUGCCACUGUCAACACAGAAGUCAAGAAACAAACAAUGCAGAGUGUCAAACUCAUCUCAAAACAAACCACAGCCCUGCUGGCGUUCACACUCUGCCUUGCUGCUGCUGCUGUCCUUGUCUUCAACAGGCAUGGCGAGGACCCAGGACACGAUGGAGACAGUUUCGAUAUUCAUCACACACUGAGGCAAAUUUCAAAUGUACGAGCAGCCAUUCAUUUAGAAGGUGAAUACAACCCAGCCAUAAAAACCUCAGUGGAAUGGAAGGAUCAAGUGGAUCAGUCCCACUUUCAAGGAGGGCUGGUUCUCAGCAACAAUGAGAUUGUGAUUCCUCAAAACGGCCUCUACUUUGUUUACAGCCAAGUAUCUUUCCGGGUCCGCUGCAGCAUCAGCAAUGAUGAUGAUGAUGACACCACCUCAAAACCCAUAGUCCACCUUAGCCACACAGUGAUGCGCUGGUCAAGCUCGUAUUGCACUGACAAUACCACGAAUUGCUACCAGACGAUCCUGCACUCCAUCCACACUGCCUGCCAAAAAACAGCCAGCAGUGAUCCAGAUGAUGAGGGGCAUUGGUUCUCUGCUGUAUACAUGGGAGCUGUGUUCAACCUGAAAAAAGGGGACACACUGAAGACGGAGAUGGAAGAGAAAAUGUUGCUUGACCUGGAAGAUGAGCCUGGGAAGACUUUCUUUGGUGUGUUUGCCUUAUGAGGACAGGGGACUCAGGGUUUCAGGGGAAUCUUUGACUUUACAUGAAGACAAGCCGUUGAACUGUAGGUGUCCUUACAUUGCACAGAAUGUUCGAUGCAACUUUACAUAUAGACUUUAACCAAUUGCAUUAGCAAGCAGUUACAUUUGAAAGUAAACCAAGCUUUGUUUACUGAACCAGUGAAGUACCAGUACCUUUUGCUGUACUGCAGUGCUAAAUCUCUUCCGUCUUGGUCACUUAGACAAACA